AUGGAAUUUUUUAACGCAAAUUUGACAGCGAAUAGAGCAUCCCAUGUAUCGGCAGGUGCCAGCACGAGCAUAGGCGAAGCUGAUCGGCCCUAUGUAGGCUUGGCAGAAGAUCUUGAGGAGCAAGAGGUAAUUCGCUCGCUAGCACAGACGCUGAGCCGGUCAUCUGCUGCUGAGUACGAAUUGCAGCCCACAUCAGCCGAUCCCUCCGCAUUGUUCGGGCCUGACAAGGAUGCCCGGCUAGACCCUGAGUCGGAUGAGUUCGAUCCGCGAUACUGGGUGCGCACGAUACGCAAUCUGUACGCCAGCGACCCUGACCACUAUAAACCUGCGGAACUGUGUGUGGUGAUUCAGAACUUGCGUGUAUGCGGUGUGUCGGCAGACACAGAUUACCAGGCGACGGUUGGAAACUCGCCGUUGAAGGCUUUGCGGAUGUUGUACCAGAUGACACCUUUUGCACGUGGUCGGGAAAAAAGCGAAUUUGACAUACUAAAGCCGUUGGACGUGGUGUUUGAGCCCGGGAGGCUGUGUGUUGUGUUAGGGCGCCCUGGCGCGGGCUGCUCCACCCUACUCAAAACAGUGGGUGCACGGACGUACGGGUUUACCGUUGCUCCAGAAUCGGAGAUCAGUUACAGCGGAUUUUCGCAGAAGGAGAUAAAAAAUCACUUGCGUGGGGAGGUGAUCUACUCCGCAGAGUCUGACACACAUUUCGCGAGUCUGCCAGUUGGAUAUACGCUAGAGUUUGCGGCUCGGUGUCGCUGUCCGCAGGUACGUCCUGGUGGGGUUAAGCGCGAAGUAUUUUACAAGCAUUAUGCAGCCGCCGUGAUGGCAAUGUAUGGGCUCUCGCAUACUCGCUAUACCAAAGUGGGCAACGACUACAUAAGGGGUGUAUCUGGCGGCGAGAGGAAGCGCGUGUCACUUGCAGAGGUUACUUUGGCGGGCGCGAAGCUCCAAUGCUGGGAUAACUGCACCCGUGGACUGGACUCUGCAACCGCUCUGGAGUUUGUGCGUGCGCUAAGGGAUAACGCGGAGGUGAUGCGGACGACACAGCUCAUCGCAAUUUAUCAGUGCUCUGAAGCUGCCUAUAGCCUAUUUGACGAUGUGUUGGUGCUAUAUGAGGGUUAUAUGAUCUACUUUGGGCCACGUAAGUUAGCUAAGGGCUACUUUUUGCGCAUGGGCUGGGAAUGCCCUCCGCGACAGACUUCUGCAGACUUCUUGACGUCUGUUACAUCGCCUUUCGAAAGAAAGUCACAGCCCGGGUAUGAGGACAAGGUACCCCGCACAGCGCGGGAAUUCUACGAAUAUUGGCUACGUUCACCGGAGCACGCGGUUGCUAUGAAACAAAUCCAAAGGAGGAUAGCUGAGGCAAAGACGGAUGCAGCCCGUGAACAGCUUAGGGAUCACCAUAUAGUGCGCCAGGCUAGGCAUGUAAAGUCAUCUUCGCCUUAUUUAAUUUCCUUCUACAUGCAAUUUCGCGCCAUUGUGGAUCGUAACUGGCAACGGCUGAGGGGUGAUCCGUCAGUUUACCUGUUUUCGAUUGUCGCAUACUCCAUCAUGGGCUUGAUCCUCGCCUCGUGUUUUUUGAAUCUAAAACCGGAUACAAAUUCGUUGUUUAAUAGGGGUUCCGCGUUAUUCACCGCUGUCCUACUGAACUCUUUCUUCUCAUUUCUGGAAAUCAUGUCUUUGUUUGAGGCGCGUGCAAUUGUUAAGAAGCACAAGUCAUACGCCUUCUAUCGUCCUUCUGCUGAUGCAUUCGCUUCGAUAUUUACAGAGCUACCCGCUAAGUUCACCGUCUGUAUCUGUUUCAAUGUGCCCUUCUAUUUCAUGGUGAACUUGAGAAGGUCUACAGGAGCGUUCUUCUUUUAUAUGCUUGUAUCCCUGACUGCCACCUUCGCGAUGUCUCAUUUAUUCCGUAGUGUUGGUGCUGCCUGUAAAACGCUUUAUGUCACCAUGUUUCCUGCUUCUUUGCUCCUGCUUGGCCUGGCCGUUUACGUUGGUUUUGUUAUUCCUCAGAAGAACAUCUUAGGCUGGUCCAGAUGGCUCUUCUAUUUAAAUCCAAUCGCACGCAUCAUGGAAGCCAUGGUUGCGAAUGAAUUUGACGGACGCAUAUUCGAAUGUUCUCGAAUGGUACCCGAUGGUAGUUUCUAUGAGGGAUUCCCUAUUUCGAAUAAAGUCUGCUUGUCGGUGGGAGCAGUUCCUGGUCAGAGCUUUGUAAAUGGGACCCGUUACAUAGAGUUUGCUUAUGGUUACAACACCAAAAACAAGUGGAUGAAUUGGGGGAUCGUUCUUGCUUAUGCAUUUUUCUUCUUAGGUGUUUAUCUGAUCUUAAUUGAGUAUAAUAAAAGUGGGAUGCAAAAAGGUGAAAUGGCUGUAUUCCUAAGGUCAACUUUGAAGAAAAUAAAAAAGCAAAAUAAAAAGGCCAUCAACUGCGACAUAGAAUUUGGUAAUGCACCAGGAAAGGAAUCUAGUACUAUAGGAAGUGACCAAUCCCGCGAACUUAUUCAGAGAAUUGGUUCUGAUAGCAUUUUCCACUGGCGAGAUGUCUGCUAUGAUAUACAGAUUAAGAAUGAAACCAGGAGGAUCCUAACCAACGUGGAUGGUUGGGUAAAGCCUGGGACUUUGACUGCUCUGAUGGGUUAUUCAGGUGCAGGUAAGACGACAUUGUUGGAUGUUUUGGCCAAUAGAGUUCGGGUGGGUGUUGUAACUGGUAAUAUUUUUGUUGAUGGACACCUCAGAGACACUUCUUUUCAACGUAAGACAGGGUAUUGCCAACAACAAGAUCUUCAUGGACGUACUCAAACUGUGCGUGAUGCGCUAAAAUUUAGUGCAUACCUACGCCAGCCCCAAUCCAUUUCGAGAGCUGAAAAGAACGCUUAUGUUGAGGAUAUAAUUAAAUUACUGGGAAUGGAAGCUUAUGCUGACGCUGUUGUUGGAGUCACCGGCGAAGGACUGAACGUUGAACAGAGGAAGCGCUUAACCAUUGGCGUCGAACUCGUGGCAAAACCAGAACUGUUGCUGUUUUUGGAUGAACCCACCUCAGGUUUAGACUCGCAAACUGCGUGGUCUAUCUGUCAACUAAUAAAAAAGUUGGUUAAUCAUGGUCAAGCAAUUCUGUGUACGAUUCACCAACCUUCUGCCAUUUUAAUGCAGGAGUUUGAUCGCCUGUUGCUCUUGUCUAAUGGUGGUAGAACAGUUUACUUUGGCCCUUUGGGUGAAGGAUGUUCGACUAUGAUCCAGUACUUUGAGAACCAUGGAUCCCAAAAAUUCCCUGAAGCGUGUAAUCCUGCGGAAUUUAUGCUUGAGAUUAUUGGUGCUGCACCUGGUUCCCAUGCUCUUCAAGACUAUCACGAAAUUUGGAAGAACUCCGAUGAGUAUCAGUCAGUUCAGGAAGAAUUACAUAGAAUGGAGAUGGAACUUUGGCAUAAACCGAGAUUCGAAACUUCAGAUCAGAACAAAGAAUUUGCCUCUUCCAUAUGGUAUCAAUACAUCAUCGUAUCUAGAAGAGUGCUACAACAAUAUUGGAGGUCGCCAGAAUAUUUAUGGAGUAAGAUUUUCAUGAGCAUAUUUGCCUCUCUUUUUAUCGGUUUCUCUUUCUUCAAGUCGAAGACCUCUAUCCAAGGGUUACAGAAUCAAAUGUUUGCAGUUUUCCUAUUUCUAGUAGUUCUUACUCCCUUGGUUCAGCAGAUGCUCCCGCAAUAUGUGGAGCAAAGGGACUUGUUCGAAGUGAGAGAGAGACAUUCGAAGACAUUUUCCUGGAAAGUGUUCCUUCUAUCCCAAAUUACCGCAGAGAUUCCCUGGGCGAUAUUGGGCGCUACAAUAUCCUUUUUCUGCUUUUAUUAUCCAGUUGGAUUUUACACACAUGCUACCGACGCAGCAAACCGGGCAGAGCGUGGAUUCCUUUUUUGGUUGCUAUGCGUAACCUUCUAUAUCUUCUCGGCUACCUUUGGACAAUUUUGUAUUGCCGGCUUAGAGAAAGCAGAACCUGCGGCGAUAUUGGCCAACUUUUACUUCACCAUGUGUUUAAUCUUCAGUGGUGUUUUAGUUACCAAGGAUAAUCUACCUCGUUUCUGGAUAUGGAUGUAUUAUCUCUCUCCAGUAACAUACUUAGUUUCUGCCCUUCUGUCGACCGGUUCGGGUAAUAUGACUGUUGAAUGUGCCCCUGAGGAACUAAUAAAAUUCGCUCCGCCAAAAGGACUCUUUUGUGCACUUUACCUUGAGCCGUUUGCAAAUAAUGCAGAAUCGGUAUUGCUCAACCCUGCAGCCACUGAUCUUUGUACAGUCUGCCCUAUAAAGAAUUCGGACUAUUAUCUUGCGUUAGUUAACAUUUUCUACAAUCACAGAUGGAGGGAUUGGGGGAUUUUCACGAUAUUUGUAGCAACAAAUAUCAUAGGGUUUGCUGCAACUUAUUGGUUCUUUCGUGUUCCUAAGUCCACUCAUAUCACCAUCAAGACCAAGGCAAAUGUAAAAGAGCAAGAGCAAGAGCAAGAGCAUCAGUAA